UUCCAUCUUGAUGGGAAGAUUAGCGCGGCGCCGAUUCCCUUCCUCUCGUUUGUUUUCCCUGACUAAGACUGACCUUAUCAGAUUUAGCGUCCUUAAUCCUCGCCCCGUAUCAUUGUGCCGGUUUUCUAUUACGAUUCGCGUCAACGGUUAAGUUUUUCGGGAUGCCAAGCCAAGGCGGUGAUGGGCGACUACAAAUAUCUCCCAUCUCAUCACCUUCAUGGAGCUAGAACCACCCCCCAACUUCUACAAUGACCACAGAACUCAAGGCUAUUCGAAAAAAGCGGACCACCUCAGAUGCCAACCCCGCUUCUGAGGGUGACCAUCGCAAGCGUCGACGCAAUCGCACAACUCAGUCAUGCCUUAAUUGCCACACAUCCAAGAGAAUGUGCGACCGGAAACGUCCUUGUGGCCGCUGCACACAGCUAGGUCUUACCGGCCUUUGUGUCUACGAAGUGGACGAUCCUUCCCAACGAACUGACGUUCAAGACGAAAGCUCGCACCUUCGUCAGCGAGUUGCCGAGCUCGAGGGAGUGAUACGCGAGUUGAAGAAUAAGCCCCAUCCUCGCUGGGUUCAAGCGGGCUCGACACCAGAAGUAGAAUUUGAGAAGUGGCAUGCCCGCUCUCAGUCUCGCUUGGCUGCUGAGCAGCAACAAGCUGAACAACAAACCGAGAUAAAACAUACCUCUACAUCAACCGCCUCUCCAUCUCGCACAGCUUGUUCGAAUACAGGCACUGGUGAUGAGUCACAUUCGUCCCCUCAGCUUCCAGCUCCCACACAUGCACACUCUUCCUUGACUUUUUCCCAACCACCUGCCGACUUGACACACACAUCUGCGACAUACUCUCCUUACUUCGGUGGCAUAUCAUCUCCCUUGAGCACACCCUCACCUUCUAUAAUGACGCCGACUGAUGAAUAUGCACAAACUCGGGCUCUUAUUGCCGGAGAACAACCGCUCCCCGGAGGAUUCGACUUUGCUUCUAUGUUCAUGUCCUAUCCGGGUUUGAUAGGAUGUGAAGAUGGUCUGGGACACAACGCUAUUGCCGAUCAUCUCGACGAUACCUGCAGGUCUAAACACCGCUACGAUGCUUCUGCACACAGUCAUUGUGGCUGUUUGACCGAAGGAUCGAGCUACAAUGUAGUUCUCGAACUUUCUCUCCGCUUGCGUAAAGCUGCGGACAUCCUGAGCCGGUCGGCAUAUCACCAUCUUGGAUCCAGUGACUGCUCUCUUAACCAACGAAUUAUGGAACUUGACGCUCUUGCGACGACGACACUGGGCAAUAUUACUACACCACCUAACGAUAUCAAUCAGAUAUCUCCUCAACAACGUCCGCUCUCUCAUAAAUUCAUUCCACCAUUGUCUACUUUUGGUACGGCAUCGAGCCGCACUAUGCCUGCUUCGACAGUCUCUCCACAGACUCUCCAAGGAAUUCGCUCCUGGGACAUUAUGUCAUCCGUGUCGGAUUCGUCAUCUGUUUGUGAAGAUUCCUUCAUGUCAUGGGAGCCUUCACGACGUGGCUGAUUUGAACGGACUUUUCCUCAUUUAAAUUGUAGUUACAAUUAUUUGAUCUUUUCAGCUAUUCUUGCUUGCGUUUAGAAUCACGAACCGCUCCCUACGUAGUGCGACGAAUGCUAGUAGAGGGCAUUGUACAACAUACUGACGAGCGAUAUGAUCUCUGUAAUUAUAUUGCAUUUCUUCCAUAUCAAAGCUGUCACACUGUAGAUGCGCAUGUUGUUCCAUAGGAGCUAUAUACAUCUCACGCGCUCGUCCCCUC